UCAGAGAGGGAAAUAGCUGCUGUUUGAAGGGAGUUCGAGACACCAGCUAAAGUGCAGAGCUGAGGAAAUUCAAUAGUGCUUAUCCAUAACUAAUCUGUCUCAAGUACCAAAGCUGGAUGCAUACAUGUCCCGGAGGACUCUGACAAGUGGAGGAGAACAGACCUGCUACUGUAUUUUAUUAAAAUAUGUUACCCUUCCUCCAGAAUGGGAACAAUGUUCGAGAAAUGACGGUGAAGUUGCUGCAUGACCUGCAGAGGUGGGAGUAAAGCCCUUGAAGUGUCUGAACAAGCCUAUACAAAUCCAGCUGGUCUGGAGGUGUGGACUUCGCCUUGCGCUAUCAUGGAAAGGUGCACAAAAAUGUUGCGUUUGCUCAUCUUGCAGGUAAUUAGCAGCUGCAUUGGACUCCUAACUGCAGAUCAUGUGCCACCUCUGCAGUUCACCCACCAGCAUUACAAUGUUACAGUGUAUGAAAACUCUGCGGCAAAGACCUAUCUUGAAGGUUCAACAAAAAUGGGCAUCUAUAUUAGCGAUUCACUGUGGGAAGUCCGGUACAAGAUAGUUUCAGGUGAUAAUGAGAACCUUUUUAAGGCGGAGGAAUACAUUCUUGGCGAUUUUUGCUUUUUGAGAAUAAGGACCAAGGGAGGGAAUACAGCAAUACUAAAUCGUGAGGUUAAAGACCACUAUGUACUUAUUAUUAAGGCGUUUGAAAAAAAUAGCAAUGCUGAAACGCGCACAAAAGUUCAUGUUCAAGUUCUUGAUACAAAUGACUUAAGACCACUCUUUUCUCCAACAUCAUAUAGUGUUGCUUUGCCUGAGAGUACUGCACUGCGUACAAGUAUUGCUAAAGUUACUGCAACAGAUGCAGAUAUUGGAACCAAUGGUGAAUUUUACUACAGCUUUAAAGAAAGGACAGACUUGUUUGCAAUUCAUCCAACUAGUGGAAUUGUAACACUGACUGGCAGACUUAAUUAUUCUGUAGAGAAACCUUAUGAGAUGGAGAUUCUUGCUGUGGACCGUGGGAUGAAAUUGUAUGGCAGUAGUGGAAUUAGCAGUAUGGCUAAGUUAACUGUCCGUGUGGAGCAGGCUAAUGAAAAUGCACCUGUUAUUACAGCGGUUGCAGCUGCCCCUACAGAAGUACAGAAAGAUCCAGUAUAUGCCAUUGUUAGUGUAAAAGAUGAUGAUUUUGGAUCUAGUGGGGAAAUUGCUUCAGUAAGCAUUGUGGCUGGGGACCCCCUGCAGCAAUUUAGGGUGAUAAAAUCUGAUUAUGGCAUUAAAGAAUAUUACAUUAAAGCUGCUGCAGAAAUUGAUUGGAGGAACAACCCUUUUGGAUUUAACCUUACUCUUCAAGCCAAAGACAGGGGAGCCCCACCUCAGUUCUCUGCUGUGAAAGUAAUUCAUGUGGCACCAUUGCAGUCAAAAUACAGACCUGUCAGAUUUGAGAAAGAUGUAUACAAAGUAACAAUUAGUGAAUUUUCACCCCCUAAUACUCCAGUAGUAAUUGUCAAAGCCAUACCUAGUUAUCCUCAUUUAAGAUACAUUUUCAGACGCAAUGAAGGUAAAACCAAGUUUGCUUUAAAUGCAAACACUGGACUUAUUGCAACAGCUGAGCUGUUAAAUGCACAGAGUAUGUCACCUUUUGAAUUGGAAGUGAUGACUAAUGACAGAAAAGCAUUUACAAAAGUAAUAAUAAACAUAGAAGACGUGAACAAUAAUGCCCCUGAAUUCACUCAAACAUCCUACAAAGCUUCUGUUAAUGAAAAUGUACCAGUAGGGACUAGUGUCUUAACUGUGAGGGCUAUUGAUCCUGAUAACAGUGAAAAUGGCUACGUGACAUACAGCAUAGCAAAUGUGAACCCCCCUCCUUUUUCAAUAGACCAUUUUACUGGUGUCAUCAGUACUUCCUUGUUGCUAGAUUAUGAACUAAUGCCAAGGGUUUACAAUCUAAGAGUUAGAGCAUCUGACUGGGGUUCUCCAUAUCGUCAUGAGGUGGAAGUACCAGUCACCAUUGUCUUGAAUAACUUAAAUGACAAUAAGCCACUGUUUGAGAAGAUAGAUUGCGAAGGAACCAUUUCUCGAGAAUUUGCAGUUGAAGAACCAAUAAUAACACUGUCUGCCAUUGAUGCAGAUGAACUGCAGCUGGUCAAGUAUGUGGUAGUAUCUGGAAAUGAGCUGGGCCUGUUUGAGUUGAAUGAAAACUCUGGAGUACUUUCGCUGAAGCAGCCUUUUACUGAAGGUGCUGCAGCAAGAAUGUCUUUCCAUAGUCUUCAGGUCGCUGCUACAGAUGGCGAAAACUUUGCAGAGCCAAUGUAUAUCAAUAUCACUGUUAUAACAAGCCGCAAAUCAGUGGAUCUGCAGUGCACAGAGACUGGUGUAGCAAAAAUGAUGGCCGAGAAGCUUCUCCAGGCAAGUAGGCUUGAUAUCCAUGAUGAAUCUGAGGAUCCGUUUCCUGAUACUUAUUCAGUUAAUCGUCAUGAACCACAGUUCAGUAGUCUUUUGCCUCGUGAAAUAGAGGUGAAAGAAAAUCUUCCUGCUGGUACUCCAAUAACCCUUAUUAAUGCUACAGAUCUUGACAGUGGCUUUAAUGGAAAGCUACUUUAUGUGAUCGCUGGAGGUGAUCCUGACAGCUGCUUUGCUGUUGACAUGGAAACAGGCUGGCUAAAAGUGCUUUCACCACUAGACAGAGAGAGGAGAAAUCAUUAUACCUUAAAUGUGACAGUGUACGAUCUUGGUAUACCACAGAAGUCUUCAUGGCAUCUUUUAGAAGUUUUAAUAAUUGAUGCUAAUGAUAAUCACCCUGAAUUUUUACAAGACAGUUAUUUCAUAGAAAUUGGUGAAGACACUCCAAUAAGUACUGAUAUAAUUCAAAUUGAAGCUACUGACAAAGAUUUUGGGGUGAAUGGAGAAUUGAGAUACACUAUUCUUACAGAUACAGAUAACUUUUCAAUUGACAGCAUAACCGGUGUUGUAAAAGUUACUGGACUGUUGGAUCGGGAGAGGGAACCUAUAUAUUUACUAAAAAUUGAGGCAAAAGACCAAGCACAAGAAGAAAUGCAGUUGUCCUCUGUUGUGUUUCUGAAAGUGUCCUUAGAAGAUGUAAAUGAUAACCCCCCUAAGUUUCUUCCUACAAAUUAUCAUGUGAGAAUCCGAGAGGACUUGCCUGUUGGAACUGUUGUCACAUGGUUGGAUGCUCUUGAUCCAGAUGUAGGACAGUCUGGUCAAGUGAGGUACAGUUUAAUAGACAAUGGGGAUGGGACGUUUGAUGUCGACAAACUAAGUGGAGCAGUAAGGAUUUUACAAAACCUGGAUUUUGAACAGAGACAAUUCUAUAACUUGUCUGCACGUGCAAAAGAUAAGGGCAAACCAGUUUCCUUGUCUUCAGCGUGUUUUGUUGAGGUGGAGGUGGUAGAUGUUAAUGAGAAUUUGUAUGCUCCAGUUUUCCCAUUCUUUGUGGAUAAAGGUGUAGUGAAAGAAGACGUUCCUGUAGGCACAUCCGUGAUGACAGUAACUGCUCGAGACCAGGAUGAAGGCCGAGAUGGAGAAAUUCGUUAUUCCUUAAGGGAUGGAACUGGUCUGGGUGUCUUCACAAUUGAUGAAGAGGAAGGGAUUAUAAGAACAGCGGAGCUCUUGGAUCGUGAAACAAAGUCGUAUUAUUGGUUAACAGUUUAUGCCACAGAUCUUGGAGUUGUACCACUCUCUUCUUUCAUCGAGGUGUAUAUAGAGGUUGAGGAUGUGAAUGAUAAUGCUCCACAAACAUCUGAGCCUGUGUAUUACCCAGAAGUAAUGGAAAAUUCACCCAAGGAUGUAUCUGUAAUUCAGAUUGAAGCAUUUGAUCCAGACUCCAGCUCCAGUGACAGACUGACUUAUAAGAUAACCAGUGGCAAUCCUCAGGCAUUCUUCACUAUUAAUUCCAAAACUGGAUUGAUUACUACCACCACAAGGAAACUGGACCGUGAACAGCAAGCUGAACACAUCCUUGAGGUGACAGUUACAGACAAUGGAAGACCUGCAAAGUCGACCAUUGCUAGAGUAAUAGUGAAAGUCUUGGAUGAAAAUGACAACCGACCACAGUUUUUGCAAAAGUUCUACAAGAUUAAGCUGCCUGAACGAGAUAAACUUCCGAAAGAACGAACAACUAAACGAGAACCAGUUUACCGUGUAAUAGCCACUGACAAAGAUGAUGGCCCUAAUGCAGAGAUAGCAUACAGCAUUGAAGAGGGAGAUGAGAAUGCCAAAUUUUUCAUUGAACCAAAAACAGGAGUGGUGUCAUCCAAGAAAUCGUCUGCUGCAGGAGAAUAUGACAUUCUCACGAUUAAAGCUGUGGAUAAUGGCCGCCCCCAGAAGUCAUCUACUGUACGACUGCACAUUGAGUGGAUUUUGAAACCUCCUCCAGCUCCAGAGCAGUUUGCUUUUGAAGAAACAUUCUCAUUUACAGUCAUGGAGAGCGACCCCGUUAAUCACAUGAUUGGUGUUGUAACAGUGGACCCUGUUCAUUCUCCACUCUGGUUUGAUAUUACUGGUACUUAUAAAAGUUAUUGACACCAAUGAUCACAGACCAGAAUUUUCCAAACCCAAAUAUGAAGUAAGUAUUCCUGAGGACACCGCCCCAGAGACUGAAGUCUUGCAUAUCAAUGCCACAGAUGGAGAUGAGAAGAACAGGCUGUUGUAUAACCUGCAUAGUAGUACAGAUCCAGCUAGCCUCAAAAAAUUCCGUCUAGCCCCAGCAACUGGCAUAUUAUACACCACAGAAAAACUGGAUCAUGAAACAAUGCACCAACACAUCUUAACAGUCAUGGUUCGUGAUCAAGAUGUUCCUGUGAAGCGGAACUUUGUCAGAGUAAUCGUCAAUGUUGAAGACACUAAUGACCAUGCUCCUUGGUUUACUAACCCUUCUUAUGUAGGAAGAGUGUUUGAAUCAGCUGCACUAGGAUCUGCUGUAGUCCAGGUCACAGCAAUGGACAAGGAUAAAGGGCAAAAUGCAGAAAUUAUUUAUUCGAUUGAAUCGGGAAAUGUUGGAAAUGUUUUCAUGAUCGAUUCAGUUUUGGGUACGAUUACAGUUUCAAAAGAAUUAGACUACAAUAAAAAGAGAGAAUAUGAGCUUAUGGUGAAGGCAACUGAUCAGGGAAGUAAACCACUGAGUGCUGUAACAAGUGUCCUCAUCUUUGUAACAGUCUCUGACAAUGCAGCACCAAAAUUUGCAAUGAAAGAGUACUCCUCAGAAGUCAGUGAAACUGUGAACAUCGGCAGCUGGAUUGGUUUAGUAACUGCUCAUAGCCAGUCAUCUGUGGUUUAUGAAAUAAAAGAUGGAAAUACAGAGGACUCUUUUGAUAUCAAUCCAAACUCUGGUGUCAUUACAACCAAAAAAAGACUUGAUUUUGAAUCCAUUCCUUCAUAUCGGUUGGUAGUACAGGGAACCAAUAUGGCUGGAAUGUCUACAAACUCAACUGUUAUUAUACAUCUUAGAGACGAGAAUGACAAUCCUCCUGUAUUUAUAAAAUCUGAAUUUGUGGGGCAAGUCAUCGAAUCAGCUGCAAGCAACAGCGUUAUUUUAACUGACAAAAAUAUCCCAUUGGUAAUUCAGGGAACUGACAAUGAUACAGAAGGAAAUGCUAUACUUGUGUACCAAAUCGUUGAACCAUCUGCCAGGAAUUAUUUCACCAUUGACUCUAGCACGGGAGCAAUCAGGAUCGUUACUCCUUUGGACUAUGAACAGAAAAGUGUGUAUCAUUUCACAGUGCAAGUACAUGACAUGGGAAGUCCGCGUUUAUUUGCAGAACAUGCAGCCAACGUUACUGUACAUGUUAUUGAUGUAAACGAUUGCCCUCCUGUCUUUGCAAAAGAUUUGUACGAGUCAUCAGUUUUAAUACCAACGUAUAAUGGUGUGACAGUUGUUUCUGUAAAUGCUACAGAUGCUGAUUCUGGAACAAAUUCAGAAAUAAUGUUUUCUAUUAUUAAGGGCAACAUUGGCGAAAAGUUUGCUAUCCAUCCUGUCACAGGACUUAUAACUGUACAGAACAGUACACAGCUAAGAAGUAGAUAUGAGUUAUUAGUCAGGGCUUCUGAUGGGAAAUUCUCAAACACAGUUUCAGUAAAAGUAAAUGUAAAAGAGAGCAAAGAGAGUCAAAUUAAAUUUGCUCAGACUUCAUAUUCUGCUGUGGUGCUGGAGAAUACCACUGAAGUGAAAACACUAGCAAUUAUUGCAGCUGUGGGUAACCAAAUAAAUGAGCCUUUAUUCUACCAAAUUCUAAACCCAGACAGUAAGUUUAAAAUGAAUCCAACUUCAGGUGUUCUGUCAACUACUGGUAUACCAUUUGAUCGUGAGGAUCAGGAAACAUUUGACAUAGUAGUUGAAGUUAGCGAGGAACACAAACCAUCAAAAUUUGCCCACGUUGUGGUCAGGGUUACAGUAGAGGACGUUAAUGACAACAUACCUUUUUUUGUCGGUCUGCCUUAUUAUACAGUUGUGCAGGUAGAUGCAGAGGCUGGCCAUGUCAUUCGACAAGUCACUGCUGUUGACAUGGAUAUUGGAGAAAAUGCAGAAAUACAUUACUAUCUAAAAGAACAUCAUGAGUAUUUCCAGAUUGGACUUUCUGGUGAAAUAUCACUUAAAAAACAGUUCAGCCCUGAUAUCUCAACUGUGGAUUACACUGUAAUUGUUGUGGCCAAAGAUGGGGGAGAUCUGCCCCUUUCUUCGGAAGUAAUGGUGCCAAUUUCUGUUGUAAAUAAAGCCAUGCCUGUAUUUGAAAAACCUUUCUACAGCGUGGAGAUAGCAGAGAACAUCCAUCUAAAUGCUCCUGUCAUCCAUGUGCAGGCUAACAGCCCAGAAGGCUUUAAGGUUGUUUAUAUGAUUAUGGAUGGAGACCCUUUCAGUCAGUUUGCCAUCGGGUUCAAUACUGGAGUCAUAAAUGUUGUUAAUCCUCUUGACUUUGAAGCCCAUCCAGCUUACAAACUGUGUGUGAGAGCAACAGACUCCCUAACUGGAGCCCAUGCUGAGGUCUUUAUUGACAUUAUAGUGGAGGAUGUUAAUGACAAUCCACCACAGUUUAAAGAGCGGUUCUACACUGCAUCCCUUUCUGAGGCUUCUGCAAUUGGUACCUCUGUUGUUCAAGUAAGUGCUAGUGAUCUUGAUUCAGGACUAAACCGAGCUGUUUCAUAUCUGCUUGUAGAAGAUGACAGUAGUAGUGCUGAUCACUUUCAUAUAGAUAACAGUGGGCUCAUCACAACAAUACAGAUGCUGGACUGUGAACACAUGAAGCAGCACAAACUCGUAGUGAGAGCAAGUGACAAGGGCAUGCCGUCAUUAAGCAGUGAUGUCACUGUAAUCGUUAAUGUGAUGGACCUCAAUGAUAAUCCUCCUGUCUUUAACCAACUGUUAUAUCAAGCAGUCGUCAGUGAACUUGCACCUCGUGGACAUUUUGUUGCUAGUGUGCAGGCAUCAGAUGCAGAUAGUUCUGAGACUGGCAAGCUGACAUAUUCCAUUUUGUCAGGCAAUAACCAGAUGAAUUUUGCAAUUAAUACCACAACUGGGAUUAUUACCGUUUCCAACCUGAGAAAGUUCAUCCUUGAUCCAUUUUACACAUUGAAUGUUUCUGUGUCUGACGGAGUUUUUAGGAGUUCAACUCAGGUUCAUAUUAAUGUAACCAGUGCCAACCUCCAUUGUCCUGUUUUUAGCCGAAAUGUGUAUGAUGCAGAAUUGGUUGAAAAUUCACCUGUGAACACAUUGGUAACUAAAAUCACGGCAACAGAUGAAGAUUUGGGAAUUUAUGGCCAUAUUGAUUACUUUAUUGUUAAUGAUUUUGCAAAAGACAAAUUCACUGUUAAUGAUAAAGGAGAAGUACUGACUCUAGAGAAACUUGAUCGUGAAGUUUCUUCAGAAAAGGUGAUCUCUCUCAGCUUAAUGGCAAAAGAUGGUGGUGGUAAGGUAGCUUUUUGCAUUGUCAACAUUAUAUUGACAGAUGAAAACGAUAAUAUUCCACAGUUUAGAGCAGCAGAGUACAAAGCAAAUAUUCAGUCAAAUGUUUCUAGAGGUUAUCCUGUCUUAAGAGUGUUAGCAUCUGAUGCCGAUGAAGGGAACAAUGCAGAUAUUACUUAUAGUAUUGAAGCAGAUUUGGACACUGUAAAGGAAAAUCUUGAAAUUGAUCCACUUUCAGGUUUUAUCACUACUAAAGAAAGCUUAAUUGGCCUGGAGAAUGAACUGUACACUUUUUAUGUUAGGGCACAAGAUAAUGGUUUGCCAAGGAGGCACUCUGUAGUUCCUGUUUAUUUGCGAAUACUUUCCCCAGACGUGCACCUUCCAAAAUUUUCUGAGCCAUUCUAUACAUUCACUGUGUCUGAGGAUGUCCCUAUUGGAACGGAAAUUGAUGUCAUAAGGGCGGAGACUGACCAACCAGUUAUUUAUUCCCUGCUAAAAGGAAGUAGCUCUGAAAGUAACGCAGAUGAGCUGUUUAUUAUUGACAAACAGUCUGGGAGAUUAAAGCUUGAGAAAAAUCUUGAUCAUGAAAUAGCAAAAUGGUUCCAGCUUUCUGUUGUGGCUCAGUGUCAUUUUGAAGACUAUGAAGUUAUGUCAUCCGUAGAUGUCAGUAUUCAAGUAAAAGAUACCAAUGAUAAUAAGCCAGUGUUUGAGUCUGACCCAUAUGAAGCAUUCAUUACUGAAAAUUUGCCAGGUGGAACUAAAGUUAUCCAAGUCAAAGCAACAGAUAUGGACUCUGGAAUCAAUGGCUUGGUGAAAUACAGUUUAGCUCAGAAUCAAGACCCUGAAGACAUUUCAGAACUCUUUGCUGUUAACAGUGACAGUGGCUGGAUUACAACCCUGAAAGAACUUGACCGUGAAAAGGAAGAGAAGUACAACAUAAUAGUAGUGGCAUCUGAUCGGGGAGAGAAGAUUCAGCUUUCCUCCACUGCUGUAGUUAAAACUUCUGUCAUUGAUGUUAAUGACAACCCUCCACGCUUUACAGCAGAGAUCUACAAGGGAACAGUAAGUGAGGAUGACCCACCAGGUGGUGUGAUUGCCAUACUAAGUACUACUGAUGCUGACACAGAAGAAAUGAACACAGGAGUCAUUUACUACAUAACAGGAGGAGACCCUUUGGGACAGUUUGCUAUUGAAAACGUACAGAAUGAAUGGAAGGUCUAUGUUAGAAAACCCCUGGAUAGAGAAGAAAAGGACAAUUAUGUUUUAAAUAUCACAGCCACUGAAGGGACCUUUGUGGCACAUGCUUUGGUAGAGGUGAAAGUCCUUGAUGCAAAUGACAACACGCCAGUUUGUGAAAAGGUCUUGUAUACAGAGGCUGUUCUGGAAGAUGCCCCUUCGGGCAAAUUGAUCUUGCAGCUGUCUGCUACUGAUGCCGAUAUUCGCGCUAAUGGUGAUAUCAAGUAUACACUCAAUGGGCCUGAUGCAGAAAAGUUCAGAUUAAACCCUGAUACUGGUGAGAUGCGUACCUAUGCCUCACUGGAUCGUGAGCAGCAAGCUGUUUACAGUCUUGAAGCUAGAGCUACAGAUGGAGGAGGAAAAUUUUGCAAGGCUGACAUUGUUUUGAUUGUUGAAGAUGUGAAUGAUAACCCACCAGAAUUUUCAUCUGAUUCAUACACGGUAUCUGUGUUUGAGAACACUGAGCCCAAAACUCCACUGACCAAACUUCAGGCCACUGAUGCAGAUUUGAACCAGAAAAUCUUUUAUUCAUUUGUGGAUUCAGCAGAUGGACAUUUCUCUAUUGAUAAGCUCUCUGGCAUCAUUACUUUAGAGAAGCCAUUAGACCGUGAAACACAGUCAGUGUACACACUGACUGUGAGGGCAACAGAUCAAGGAUCAUCUCGCAAACUAUCAUCAGAAUGUAGCAUCACUGUGGCCGUCUUGGACAUCAAUGACAAUCCACCAGUGUUUGAACACAGGGAAUAUACUGCCGCAGUUUCAGAGGAUGUUGCCAUUGGAACAGAGAUUCUUCAGGUCUAUGCUGCAAGCAGAGACAUUGAAACUAAUGCAGAGAUAACAUAUUCUAUCAUCACUGGAAAUGAACAUGGCAAAUUCAGCAUUGAUUUAAAUACAGGUUCUAUAUUUGUGCUUGCAAACUUAGAUUAUGAGGAUUCCCAAGAAUAUUAUUUAACAGUAGAGGCUAGAGAUGGUGGCACACCUUCACUGAGCGAUGUCGCCACAGUAAGCAUCAAUGUAACCGAUAUCAAUGACAACACACCUGUUUUCAGCCAAGAUAUGUAUGCUGCAGUAGUUGGCGAAGAUGCUGCCCUGGGACAACCAGUUAUCACUGUCAUGGCAGAAGAUGCUGAUGGACCUUCUAACAGUCAUAUUCACUAUUCAGUUGUUAAUGGCAAUCAGGGGGAUGCAUUUACCAUUGAUGCAGUUAAAGGAGAUGUGAAGGUGGCCAAACAUCUUGACAGAGAGAAGAUUUCAGGUUAUACUUUGACAAUUCAAGCAGCUGACAGUGGAAAUCCACCCAGGUCCAACACUACCACAGUUAAUAUUGAUGUAUCUGAUAUAAACGAUAAUCCGCCAACAUUCUCUCAAGCAAACUACAGUGUCAUAAUCCAGGAAAACAAACCUGUUGGUACAAGUGUGUUGCAUCUGGCUGUGACUGACAAGGACUCAACGCACAAUGGACCUCCCUUUUCUUUUGCCAUUAUAAGUGAGAAUGAUAAAAAGGAGUUUCAGAUAGACCAGAUGGGUGUGCUGACAACUUUAACGCCUUUCCGCCGUCAAGUAAAAGAUCAUUAUGUACUACAGGUUCAGGUCACCGAUGGUGGAAAACCUCCAAUUUCUUCAUCUGCCUUUAUUAUUAUUAAGAUUAUCGAUGAAAGCAUUUAUCCCCCAGCUGUUCUACCUUUAGAGAUCUUCAUUACAACUUCAGAGGAUGAAUAUUCUGGUGGAGUAAUAGGAAAGAUUCAUGCAACAGACCAAGAUAUUUAUGAUAUCCUUAACUAUAGCCUGUCUUCAAAGAACGAAAAUCUCUUCUCUGUCUUGAGUCGAGAUGGCAAACUGAUUGCACACAGAGGACUUGAUGUAGGACAGUACCACCUGAAUGUUACUGUCACAGAUGGAAGCCUUUCCGCCACAGCAGAUGUUGCAGUACAUGUCCGACAGAUCACCCAAGAGGUACUGAACCGUUCUAUUGCUAUACGAUUUGCAAACAUUGCACCUGAAGAGUUCAUUGGGGACUACUGGCGCAAUUUCCAGAGAGCCUUGAGAAAUAUUUUGGGUGUAAAAAGGAAUGAUAUACAUAUUGUUAGCCUUCAGCCCACAGAUGUUGCUUUGGACCUUGAUGUAUUACUUUCCAUUGAGAGGUCAGGAGGCCCUGGUCAUCAUUCUCCUGAAAUUCUUUUCCACAAGUUGAAUGCUUCAGUGGCUGACAUUGAGGAGUUGACUGGUGUGCGAAUUGUACAAAUUAUUCACAAGCUGUGUACAGGCCUUGACUGUCCACAUAAGUUCUGUGAUGAAAAAGUUACUUUAGACAGCAGUGUGAUGACGACACACAGUACAGCUAGAUUGAGUUUUGUCACCCCUCGGCACCUCAGAAAGGCGAUUUGUCUUUGCAAAGGUGGAAGAUGCCCACUGGUGACCAGAGUUUGCGAAGGAAAUCUCUGCUCUGAAGGUACUGAAUGCAUCCCAGAUGAAAAGGAAGAAAGUUACAGUUGUGUAUGUCAAGGUGGCAGACUAGGUGAAUGCCCAGGAGGCUCAUCGCUUACAUUUAAAGGAAAUGGCUAUGUAAAGUAUCUGCUCCCUGAAAAUGAAAAUAAAGAAGAAAUGAAGCUGUCACUCCAUUUGAGGACAUUCUCUGCUCACGCAGUUGUCAUGUACGCCAGAGGAACGGAUUACAGUAUUCUGGAGAUUCACAAUGGAAGACUGCAGUACAAAUUUGACUGUGGAAGUGGCCCUGGUAUUGUGUCUGUUCAGAGUAUUCAGGUCAGUGAUGGACAGUGGCACUCUGUCUCUCUGGAAGUUGAUGGAAAUUAUGCCAGAUUAGUUUUGGACAGGCUACACAUGGCAUCUGGUAAAGCACCGGGCACCUUACGAACUCUUAACCUAGACAACUACAUCUACUUUGGUGGCCAUAUUCGGCAGCAGGGAAGAAGACAUGGUAGGAGCCCACAGGUCAGCAAUGGUUUUAGAGGAUGUCUGGAUUCCAUUGUACUCAAUGGGCAUAAACUCCCAUUCAACAAUAAGCCUAUGGGUUACGCUUAUUUAGAGGAGUCUGUGGAUGUGUCUCCUGGAUGUUCUGUAACACCUAUGGUAGGCUGUCUGGGCAGUCCUUGCCAGAAUGGAGGAACAUGCACUCCAUUACACUUAGGAGGUUACUACUGCAAAUGCACCCCUCUGUUCUUGGGCACACACUGUGAAAUGGGUGUUACUCCUUGUGCUUCCAAUCCGUGUCUCUAUGGAGGAACGUGCAUCCCAGACAAUGAUGACUACAUUUGCAAAUGCAGGGGUCAAUACUCAGGGCAGAGAUGUCAGCUUGGUCCAUACUGUCGAGAUAAUCCUUGUAAAAACAGUGGCAGAUGUAUUGACAGCUUGGAUGGCCCCGUGUGUGAAUGUGAAACAGGUUACCAUGGGGAAAGGUGUCUUAAUGAUAUAGAUGAGUGCAUUGAAAAUCCGUGCCUCAAUGGAGGGUUGUGCGAAAACACCUAUGGUUCAUUUUUCUGCAACUGUACUCAAGGAUUUGGAGGCAGACACUGUGAAAACCUUCUGAACAGUUAUGUUUCAACUUCAUGGAAUAUUGGCUUGGAAGAAGUUAUUGGAAUCAUAGUAUUUGUAACAGUAAGCUUUUUCUUGGUGCUGCUGUUCAUCUUGGUCCGUAAAAAGAUGUGUAGAAAGAAACGCCAGCCAGAGCCUGAAGACAAGCGUACAGGAAUCACAAAUGCAUUCUUACAGAGACCAUGCUUUGAUUCCAAAAUGAAUAAGAACAUUUAUUCAGAUAUUCCACCACAAGUGCCCGUUCGUCCAAUUUCGUAUACUCCUAGCAUUCCAAGUGAUUCCAGGAAUAACCUUGAUCGAAAUUCCUUUGAAGGGUCCACUAUUCCUGAGCACCCAGAGUUCAGCACCUUUAACCCUGACUCCAUGCAUGGCCAUAGAAAAACGGUUGCAGUUUGCAGUGUAGCACCAAACCUUCCUCCUCCUCCUCCUUCCAACUCUCCCUCUGAUUGCGACUCGAUACAAAAGCCAAGCUGGGAUUAUGAUUAUGAUGCUAAAGUAGUGGACCUUGAGCCUUGCCUUCCAAAGAAACCGAUUGAGGAUGUGGCUUCCCAUGCUUUUCACAAUCGAGAAAGCAUAUCUGAAAUUCAGUCCCUAAGCUCUUUCCAGUCUGAGUCUUGUGAUGACAAUGCUUCCGUAGUGACCGUUAUACAGCUUGUCAAUGCUGUAGUUGACUCAGUAGAAAAAGAAGAAUCUUUUGCAGCUCAUGACCUCGGAAAUACAAGAGGGUAUCACUGGGACACAUCGGACUGGAUGCCAGCUGUUCAGCUUCCAGGGAUACAGGAGUACCCACAGUAUGAAGUAGUGGAGGAUCCCGCCCCACUUUAUUCAGAUCCACAUGCCAUUGAUACAGACUAUUACCCAGGGGGCUGUGACAUUGAAAGUGAUUUUCCACCACCUCCUGAUGACUUUCCUAUUCACGAUGAGCUUCCUCCUUUGCCACCAGAAUACAGUGACCAGUUUGAAUCCCUACAGCCACCAAGGGACAUGACAUCUACUGGUAGCUUAGGAACUUCUGUGAAGAGCAGGCAACGAUUUAAUAUAGGUCAGUACCUUCCUCAUCACCGCUAUGGUUCUGACCUCUUAGACCCUCAGAAUGUAGUUGAUGGGAACAGCUACAGAGAGGCCUAUGACCCCUACACUUUAGGCUUCAGUAGUGACUUUGAGGCUCCUGCAGUGGACAAUAUGUCCAUGUCUGUGUACACUUCCACAGCAUCAUGCUCUGAUGUGUCAGCUUGCUGUGAAAUGGAAUCAGAGGCCUUAAUGAGUGAUUACGAAAGUGGGGAUGAAGGCCACUUUGAGGAUGUGACUGUUCCUCCCUUAGAUUCUCAGCAGCACACAGAAGUCUGAUGAUACAAAUAUAAAGUGCCUGAUCUUAAAAAAAAAAAAAAAAAAAAAGAAAGAAAAAAAAGCGGUAUAAUACAACAUUUCUCUUUGCAAUGAUGCAUAUAAGCAGUCGUUUUUCUCUUUCAUCUUACACUAAUGCCACGGCAGCAGCACUGGAUCAGCUCUUAUUUCAUUUAUUGUUAUCCAUACCUUUUGAAAUUCAGACUAAAGCAGAAAAUCCCAUUGGCUGUGCCAUUAUAUAUAUUUUUUAAUAUGAUUACUUCCUUUGGUGUCACAGAGCAUUUCACUUCAGUGCAUAUCUGUGUAGAACUAAUGCCAAAACAUUUUAAUUUUUCCAGUCAUGCAGAUUUGUAAAUUUGAUGUACAGUUUUGAUUUAAAUCGCUUCUCUUAGGUUUUGUAGAUAUUUUGUGAAUCUUUCUGAAAACAUUUUAGUGGCGUUAAGCCACGACAUUAAAUUAAUACCCUGAUGCUUAUAAUUCACAGCAGGGAUUUCAUUUUUGUUCAUUUUAUUUUCACUUUUAAUGUUUGUUCGUGUGCAUUUUCUAUAUAUUUCUUCACUUCCAAAUUUGUGGCUUUGAAAAACAUCUGCUAGUCAGUCUGAGUUUUGGAAGUGUAUUAGAACAUGGCUGCAUUUGCAACUCAAAGCAACAUAUUUUUUUUUAAUGAGGCAAAUUUAACAGGGGACCCUCUAAAUGAAUACUUAGAACCAAAACAACCAUGAAACAAGUUUUAUAAUCUCUGUAUAUUUGUGAUGCAAUGACCUUGUAAAGAUUUUUAUUCAAAACUGCCAUUAGCACACAUUUUUCCUACUGACAAUAAAUUAUUAAUAAAAUA